GAGCCGAAAGCUUCGCCUUUCCCCCCUCCGCUCCGCCUCCAAUGGCGUCGGCGUGCCCGCGCCCGCUCUUCCUCUCCUUCCCCAAGUCCCCGUCACCGCCGCUCGCCGUCCCCGCCAAGCACCACCCGUCCGCCACCGCCCCCUCCUCCGUCUCCCUCUCCCUCUCCACCCGCGCGCGCGCCGCCCCUUCCAGCGCUCCGUCCCCUUCGCCGCCGCCGUCGCCGUCCACUCCCGCGGACGGGGUCGGCCCCGCCGCGCCGACGCGGGGCGACGUGUACCUGGGGCGGCAGCUCGCGGCCGCGGCCGCGGCACGCGGCCCCGCGCGCGCGCCGGAGGAAGACGCCGAGAGGCGCCGCCGCCGCAAGGAGAAGCGGAGGGCCCUCGCCAAGAAGACGCCCUCCGGCGUCGCCUGCUGCUACGGCUGCGGCGCCCCGCUGCACACCGGCGAGGCGGGGUCCCCCGGCCACGUCGAGCCCGCCACCUACGACCUGAAGAAGAGGCACAACCAGCUGAAAACCGUGCUAUGCGGGAGGUGCAAGCUGCUGUCGCACGGGCACAUGGUGACCGCCGUCGGCGGCCACGGCGGUUACCCGGGGGGCAAGCAGUUUGUUUCGGCCGAAGAGCUAAGGGAGAAGCUGUCGUACCUCCGCCACGAGAAAGCAUUGAUAGUGAAACUGGUUGACAUAGUCGACUUCAACGGAAGUUUCCUGGCACGCAUACGCGAUUUCGCCGGCGCUAAUCCCAUCGUGCUUGUGAUAACAAAGGUUGAUCUCCUUCCUAGAGACACAGAUUUGAAUUGCAUCGGCGAUUGGGUCGUGGAGUCUGUUGUUAGGAAGAAACUCAAUGUCCUUAGCGUCCAUUUGACAAGCUCAAAGUCAUUGGUCGGCAUCACUGGUGUUAUAUCAGAGAUUCAGCAGGAAAAGAAGGCCCGGGAUGUAUAUAUACUGGGUUCAGCAAAUGUUGGGAAAUCUGCGUUUAUUAGUGCUAUGCUAAAAACAAUGGCAUAUAAAGAUCCAGUGGCAGCUGCAGCUCAAAAAUACAAGCCAAUACAAUCUGCUGUUCCUGGAACAACCUUAGGUCCUAUUCAGAUUGAAGCAUUUUUAGGAGGAGGGAAAUUAUACGACACACCUGGAGUCCAUCUUCACCAUAGACAGGCAGCAGUUAUCCACGCUGAUGAUCUGCCUUCUCUUGCACCACAAAGUCGCCUAAAGGGGCGAUGUUUUCCUGCUAAUGAUACAGAUGUUGGAUUGAGCGGGAAUACGUUGUUCUGGGGGGGACUUGUCCGUAUAGAUGUUGUUAAGGCUCUUCCACGCACACGGCUAACAUUCUAUGGACCAAAGAAGCUAAGUAUUAAUAUGGUCCCCACCACAGAAGCAGAUGAAUUUUACAAGAGAGAAGUGGGAGUUACGUUGACUCCCCCAACCGGUCAGGAGAGAGCUGAAGGAUGGUGUGGGCUUCAGGGCGUUCGUGAAUUGCAGAUAAAAUAUGAAGAGCUUGAUAGGCCUGCUAGUGACAUUGCGAUAUCUGGACUCGGGUGGAUCGCGGUUGAACCACUUGGUGUGCCAUCUAGCGACCCUGAUAGUAGCAUCGAGGAAGAAAAUGGUGGCAGUGGCGAGUUGCAUUUAAGAGUACAUGUACCCAAACCAGUCGAGGUCUUCGUCCGCGCCCCACUGCCAGUCGGUAAAGCGGCGUUGCAGUGGUACCGGUACCAGGAGCUGACGGAGGUAGAAGAGGAGCUGAGACCCAAGUGGCAUUACUGAUGCUGCGGUUGCCAAAUGCCUAUUUUUGGUCUUUUGUGUAUGCUGCUGGAGCAGCUCUGCGUGAUCCAGUCACGCCCCCGACAUUAUGUUUCUUGGAUGAUCUGAUAGGGAUGGAUUCAUAGUUCUAGCUUAGGAUCAGCUGAUGAGAAUGAUUCAGGAAACCUCCAAUGAAAUGUUGGAGCCCAUCCCACCUUCUUCUGGCUUCUCGUGGAGCUGGUAAUGGCGUGGUUGCGGUCCGGCAGUCCCAAGUGGUGUUGUCCCCGGCGGCGGCCGGAACGUAUCCUGGCGAAAGCUGCAAUUUGGACCUGAUUGCUUUCUUAGAUCUCAGUCAGGGGUCCUUCCUGCAAUUUACAGGGACUAUGUUGUGAUUUCCUCUCUUUUGAGUCCUCUUAUGAGCUAUGUACUGGCACCACUGUAUGUUUAAUGCAAGCUCUCUAGGUACUUCCGGACC